AUGAAACCUUUCAUUGUGCUAGCACUCUGCUGUAGUUUUCUUUCUAGCAGAGCCACCCCUCUUCCAUUUGAGUUUUUGGACUGUGAUAACCCUGAUGUCUUCGAAGCUGUUGACACAGCACUGAAGAAAUAUAAUGGAGACAGCACUUCUGGUGAUCAAUUUGCUCUGUACAUGGUGAUGGAAGCCAAGAGAACAGUAGGUCCUGACAAACAACUCCAUGUGAAAUAUCGAAUACAAGAGACCACUUGUGCCGCUGAGGAGAACAAAUUCUGGCAGGAUUGUGAUUACAAAGCAUCUGCAGAAGCAAAAACAGGAGAAUGCACAGCUCAAGUUCACAUUAACGAUGUUGAAGGAACAAGUAAUGUUUCACAAGAUUGCAAAAUUGUUCCAGUUCCACCCAAGAUAACGCUUUCUAAGGCUACAUGUCUUGGAUGCUUUCAUGAUAUAUCAAGCGACAGCUUACAAGUAUCAGAAAUUCUGAAGCGAGCCAUUCAGAAGUUUAACAAGCACAGUGGUGAAGUCACCCUCUUUAAACUUGUGGAAAUAAAGGAAGCUAAAAGACAGGUGGUAGCUGGAUGGAAUUACAUAAUCAAAUAUGAAAUCAAAGAGACGAAUUGCUCCAAAGCACAAUUUCAAGAGUUAACUGAAGAGUGCAAAACCAUUUCUAGAGGCCGUAUAGGAAAAUGUGAUGCCAAAGCUUAUGAAAGUAUUCAGGCAGAGAUUGUAGAUGUUGUAAGCCAGUGCAAGUUCCCAGCUGAAGACGUGGUAAAUCCUCCCACUCUCAUUUGCGCUGGUUGUCCAAGGGCUAUCCCCAACGACAGUCCAGAACUGAAGGAACUGCUGGAGGUUUCUAUGGAGAAGUAUAACUCAGAGACCAAUGAUGACUUCUACUAUAAAGCUGGAGCAAUAGAAUCAGCAACAGUGCAGGUGGUUGCAGGACAAAACUACCAUCUAACGUUUGGAGCCCAGAAGACAAACUGUUCAAAGAAAGAGUUUGAAAAGCUUCAUGAAAACUGUGAAGCCACAACAGACAGUCCACCAUUGUACUGUGAAGCACAAAUUUAUGUGGUCCCAUGGAAGGAUGAAACCUCUGCCAAGGUUAACUGCUCUGAAGGCCAGCCAAUGACUACACUUCUACGAAGGCCUCCAGGAUUCACUCCUUUCCGAAGCUUUGCUGCGCUACAACAGAUGGAUCAAACUCCAUCAUCUGAUAGAAAUGAAGAAGAAAAUCAAGCACCUGGCAAAGAAACAAAAGAUGAUGGAAAGCAGCAAGAAGGUGAAGGUGAACCUGGGCAUAAACACGGGCAUAAACGUGGGCAUAAGCAUGGGCAUAAGCACGGGCAUGGAUUUAAAAAGGAUGAUGAGUCUGCCAAAAGGCACAGGCAGGAAACUGACUGCGGGCACAGAACCAGCCACAGGUGUAGGCAUCGAAAAAACAGUAAAAAUGGUAAACAUAAACAUCCCAAAUCUGAAUCUUCUGAGGAAUCCAGUGAAAGGGUUUUUAACCAAAAGGAAACCUUCCCAUCACCCAGUGCUGAAACAGCAUCAGAGCUAGUUAACUCAGGGGUUGCAAGAAAGGAAACUGGUAGUCCUGCAGAAUCAGUAGAUCUUCCUGAUAUGUCUUUAUUUGAUGGGUUGCCAGAUCGCCCAGAAUCUCCUCUGCCCAGAUGUCCUGGAAAACCCUGGAAAUCAAUUAUGGACCCUCCAGUUCCUUCUAGCUUUCCCAGAGAAUUCACAAAUGAGGAUCUCUUGCCUUCUGCUGUGGAAAACGUCAAUCCUACAACAGAAACCUCAGCGCCUCCCCAAAAUGAAGAGAUGAGCUUUGAUCUUUCAGACGCUUUACCAUAGUUCAAGUAUUGUUGGAUCCUCUCCGGAAGUGAUACAGAGAAAAAACAGAAAAUUAUUGCCUUUUGAGAUUUAUAAGAUCUAAGAGGCAAAAGCUCCUGUUCUUUUAGCUAAGAUACUCACGUAGGUCACCAGCUUCUAGGGACCUAAGACCAUAUAUAAAUACUUUGAGUUUGCAUAUCUUUUGCAUAUUUGACAAAAACAUAACUCAGGCGUGGCACCAAUGAUUCAGAACCAGUCUAGCAAAGGGACCAGGCAAGUCAACAGUGUUCUGCUGUAGAAGUUACAAUCAUGACUAUCUCGCCUGCCUCACGUUGCUGGAAGCACACAGUCAACCACUGCAUCACUUCUCACUGUAUUAGGUUUAAAACAAUUACACAAAAAAUUUGGAAACUACAUGAAAAAUCUCAACAAAGUAUGUGUAAGACAAAAGCAAGCCAACGUAAUGCCAGGAUGCCUUUCUUAGAUAUCUGAAAUAAUAUUUCUCUAAUUUCCUGAAGUGUAUCUUUU